AUGGACGAGGUCAGUCCACUUGCGGAGCUCUUGGGGCAGGCUGUCUACCAUUAUACGAAGAUUAAACCUUUCCUACCGACAUACGGCCAUCUGCUCGUUUCGGCCCUCUUUCCUAUUUACAUUGGCGCCCAUGCAUCCCUUUCGAGACCCUCAUCCGCUGCCAAACCUCCCAAGAAAGACACGAAUAACAACGAAAUAGAUGAGGAAGACGAGGAAGGACUCGGUCCCGUUCAGAAGAUGGAGGGCCUUGAGCCCAGUGAUGCGCUGAUGUUCCCUUUGACUGCCGGCCUCACUCUGGGUGGUCUGUACUUGAUCAUCAAAUGGCUGGAUGACCCAGCUAUAUUGAACAAGGUCCUUAGCUUUUACUUUUCUCAGAUGGGCCUAUUCUUCGCAGUCGCAUUCCUGAAGGACUGUCUUUUGGUCUUUCGAUCCUUUAUUUUCCCGCGGCGAUAUCGAUACGCUGGCAAGAUUUGGAAGGUGAAACAGUCGGAACGAGUUUUCAUAGCCGCUCAGCAGGAUAUUGCCCAGGGAUCCGUCCAAUUCCGCCAUACUCCCCUUCCCAGAAUCCUUGGCUCGAUUCCCUUACCUACUGCCUUGGUAACAGGCCUUUGGGUGUGUCGCAAUGUCGCGUAUCAGAGGGUGAAGCUGCGGGCUCACGUGCGCGGCCUCUUCACCGGCGAAUGUCUGGUGGGCCUGCUGGACGUAAUCAGUGCGCUGUUGGCCCUUUCUGCUGUUGGAUUUUUCGCAUUUGUGACGAAGCCAUGGUGGCUGACGAACUUUCUGGGGUUCAGCUUCUGUUACGGUGCGCUGCAGUUCAUGUCGCCGUCAACAUUCAAAACUGGGUCACUUAUUCUGAGCUCGUUGUUCCUCUAUGAUAUCUACUUUGUUUUCUACACCCCGUUGAUGGUGACGGUCGCUACAAAGCUAGAUGUACCAAUUAAGCUCUUGUUUCCCCGCCCACCUGCUCCCGGUGAAGCUCCGGACGUUGUUUCCUUGGCAAUGCUGGGACUGGGGGACAUUGUCAUUCCCGGUAUGAUGGUGGGACUGGCGCUCCGAUUUGACCUGUUUCUCUACUACAAGAAGAAGGGCAUUGAAAAAGCGCGGCUCGAAUCCAAGGGGCAGGAGAUCGUCAAGCCCCAAUACCAGUCUGCAACUGGCGGCUGGGGUGAACGUUUCUGGUCUUGGCCUGUGGCACCACGUGGACGUGAGCUAGAGCCCCCGUAUCAGGAUGCAAAGUCCUUUCCCAAGCCUUAUUUCAAGGCCAGCCUGGUUGGGUACAUUGCCGGAAUGAUAUCGACCCUUGUGGCCAUGCAAUACUCCAACCACGCUCAACCCGCUCUCCUUUAUUUAGUUCCUGGAGUGCUUUCUUUUUUGUGGGGAACAGCGCUCCUCAGAGGAGAACUCCGCGAGAUGUGGGAGUUUUCCGAUGCCGAAGAAAGCGAACAGGAUGUUACAAACGAGAAGGAGGAAAAGAAGGAAGAAGAAGCUCCAGGAAAGACCACAAAGAGUCUCUUUCUGCGAAUCCUGUCAGGCGAUAUCAAAGCAUUAUACUCCGAAGCGCCUGAACAUGCCACGGAGAAAAAGGAGGAGAAGAAAUCCGAGAGUGGGGAGACCAAGGAUUCGGCACCAGCGGACGGAGGACCAGAUGACAAAACGCAAGGUGCAGACGAGGAGAAGGACUUGGAUUUAGUUUCAAUAUCCAUCUCGCUACCCAGGAAAGGCCAGACCGGAUCACGCAAAACUCAGACCAACAGGGUCGAGUCACCCACAAGCGAGAAGAGCUUGUCUGUCCCGAGUGCAGCAAAUCGUGAUGACGAGCCACCCGCCAAGAGACAGCGAAGGAGUCCUAGAAUCGCCGAAGUCAGUGCCUCUUAG